AGUAACCAUAUGGUCAAUGCAAAUAGAGAAAUAGGUAAAACAAAACAAAAAAAACCCAACCAGCUUCAGUCAAAAUCAAAAUGUAUAGGGAAGGCAAGUCCAUAACAAAGCAACAAGUGCAAAAAAGGAACAGUUUCGAAGAGAAGAAAUUUUGGGACACCCUACGUAUAAUUCAUUUCGAAGAAAAAGCUUUUGAAAAAAGCCAUGCCUUUAAAGUCAACAAGCACAAUUCGCUCAUGGGGAUCACGGAAGAAAGCCCUGAAUCAUCAACUCCAUACAACGAAUUGUAUAACAAAAGCAGCGAUUAUGACGAAAUGGAUAAUAAUGCUAAAAUGGAGGAGAGCAUAAAACAGCUUUUACUCACGAAUGGGGAAGUCGAUAUUGAAAAAGUGCUCUGCCUCCAUCUUCUUGCUAUAAAGCAAUCCGAUUGUUGCACAGCUAGGGAUGAUACACCUAGGCCAAUUAAUGUGUUUACAAGAUAUUCAAAUCUCCUACCAAAUUAUAUAAUAGAAUCGGGAGAUUCAAAAAUUAAAUGCUGCUGCUGGAAGCGGAAGAGCCAGAAGAUGAAAUGUGAUUUUAGACCGAUUAAGAUUCAUUUAACGAUAAAUAAGCAAAUUGAGAAAAUAAUCAACAUAGUUAUAAUAACGCUGAAGGAAUUGAAUGAAAAAAAGUUGAAACUUUUGAUCUCGAUGGCGCAUAACAUAAACGUUCUGCGGACAAUAUUGGUGAGGCCAGCAAAUCAAAACUAUUUGACAGAACUUUUGAAAUCAAAAUUAGUAUUAAAUAACAGCGAAUCUGAGACAGAAUGCUGUACGUUGAUGAAAGGAAGCAACGAGAUGAUAAGAGAUGUAAAUAAAUACAAGAAGAAUAUGGUUUUUCGAUUAAAUCCGCCUAACUCCUUAGUCUACCUCCGCGCACUUCUUGCAGACAUGGAUAAGUAUACGUCUUGCCCAGAGAUACAGAAGAAAGAUUCAUUUUGUUCGUUGGUUGAUAUCUGCAAGAAAAUUUCCGUCGGUGAAGAUGUCAAUUUGGCCGGUUUUUCAAUUUUACGAAAUACAUCUAUCAAUUCAUCCGGGACUGCUGUUAUAAGUGAAGAUGGAAAAGAUAUCACAUACAUAGCUGGGCCGAGCUGCAAAAAAACAAGAGCGCCUGACUUUUUCGAGAACAAUUUAACUCUUCUCCUCAAAUCAACAGGUCUCAUGGAUAAAAAGACGGAGGAAGUGAAACCUGUAAUAAGAGAAGAAAAGUUUAUGCGAUUUUAUCAUAAAAUGUCGGAUAGAACGAUCGCUUCGCUUGAAAAAAUUACAAAAGAGAGGAUUAAUACGUUAAAGUCACAUAUGAAUAAAACAAAGGACAAGAAAGAGCCGCCAGACCCUGAAAUGCUAAGAUCAAAUAUUUUAAAGAGAUUGAGCAACCAGCAGAGAAUUUUGCUGGCUCAAGAAUCAUCACGCGUCAAAGGGGAAAAAAACGAAUCUGAACAUAAUGCAAAUGUUGCACCUCUAGCGCAUAUUAUGAGCAACGUUAUGUCUAAAAGGUCUCUGCUCAACUUGGCAAGAAACAGUACCCAAGAAGAACGCGAAUAUUUUUUAAAACCUGUAAAGAAAGGCGGCCUCGGCCUAGGGGAAAUAAUAAUAGGCAAAGAGAAUAUGUCAAAAAUGGAAAAGAUUGCUGCGAUUGCACAAGGGGAGACCUUAAUUACGAUGAUAACACCUUUAAGUGAGCAGGUCGCUCCAGCACCAGAAAGGAAAUCAAUAAUUGAUGUCUCGACAGAUAGCUCUUGGGAUCUCCUCAAAAUCAAACACGACAUUUCCCAGGCAGAAAUAACAAAGAAAUUUACAAAAUUUGUCAAAUCUAAUUCAGAGUCACACUCUAGUAAUCAUCAUGAAGAUAUCAAAUAUGAUGUAAACAACAUAGAUCAACAGUCAAAGCAACUAAGCCCUAACUUAACCAUCGUCGAAACAAAACUCCAAGGAAGAAUCCCACUGAGGAAACAGUUGGAAAAGAAAACUAUAGUACAAAAUGAAGAGAAAAGUUUAGCAAAAUCAUUACCAAAGCAAUUAUAUUCCAUAAAGCAAAAAAAUAAAUGACCAAUUAGAUUUGUUA